AUGCCACUCUCUCCCGAAGAUAUUGUCAGGGAGUACAUUGACGAUGGCAGUUCCGUGGAGCGGGUGAACCACCGCAAGUCGAAACUCAAGAUGUCCAUCGUCGAGCCCAACGCGGCGUGGCCGCAACGGUUUCUCGACACCAAGGCCCGGAUCGAGGCCGCGCUGGGCGCGGGCGCGACAAGUCCGACCGCGGUGCCAGUGGUGGUCGCCGUGCAUCACGCCGGAUCCACCAGCGUCCCCGGCCUGCCGGCCAAGGACGUGAUUGACGUGGACCUGGUGGUGCGGGACAUCGAGGACGAAGGCGCGUACGUCGAGCCGCUCGAGCGCGCGGGCUUUGUGUUCCUCUUCCGCGAACCGGCGUGGCAUCAGCAUCGGUUUUUCGUCGACGAAGGGGACCGUCCGGGGAGCUAUCCCAUCAACCUCCACGUGUUCGGGCCCGAUUGCCCGGAGGUCGAGAGGCACCGCAUCUUCCGCGAGUGGCUGGUCAAGACCCCCGAGGACCUGCAACGCUACGCGACGGUCAAGCGUGAGUGUGCCGCAAUGUCCGAGGCAGCGGGCGAGUCGAUGCAGGAAUACACCGUGCGCAAGGAUAAGAUAGUCCGAGAGAUCCUGGACAGGGCAUUUCGCGAUCUGGGCUAUAUCAAGUAA